UUGAUCUUCAAGGCAAUUCUGCAGUUCCCGCACAAUACAGGAAUGUAUGUAAAAAUCAAGUUCAACAUCUGACCUAGGGAGGGCAGUACUACGCUGAUCAGCGUCUAAACUGCCGGAAUCAGUCAGAAGAAUAGUUAGAUUUCGCUGUUCCCGCCGCCCAGCAAGUUUUUGUUAACAAUGGUUAGAAAGUGUUUUCUUGGUUGUGAAGGGACCUCUCCCUUGUAUGGUUUGCCAAAGGCAGAGCCUUCACGUAGCCGUUGGCUAGAUUUCAUUUUUAACCCUAUUCCCCCGACUUUACCAAGCCUUUUUCUGUGUCGCCUCCACUUCACGGAUGGCUGCUUCAGCAACCUGCGUUUGUUCAGCAAUGGAUUUGCGAAACUGCUAGCUCUUAGGGAAGAUGCUGUUCCAACACUUUGUGGCCCAAUGGGUGAAGAUGCCUCUCAACAUGUAAGUAAACCUAUAGUGAUAAUAACAAAAGUGGCUGUGUUGUGUGUGUGUAAGCUUAAUGUUAGUUGGGGUAUUUACCCUACCAUUUCCUACCAUAAAAUAAUCCAUUCUGUAGCUAGCUGCUAGUCUUGUCGUGAGGCUGGUUAAUCUUCCACAUUUUUCGCGGGAUCUCAAACUACAAUUCUAAACUGUCUGAGAGCUAGCCUUAGCUAUGUGAAGUGUUACUAUUAGGUGGGUUAAAUGGUCACAGUUCCUGUUUCAGAUGUUGUUAGUGUGUACUGUGUAAAUUCAUUUUCGUCGUGAUUUAUGUGUGAUAAUUUUAGCAGGACUGCAGCGCCCAUUAUCGCCCCUUUGAACACGUCGGAUGCCAGACUGACACGCCUCAGAGGAUAUCGACGGGAACCCAAACAAACUCACCGGUGGGAAUGCAUUCUGUGGGAAUACAAAGUGCACGGUUGAAGUCGACAUCAGUCGGCACACAGUUGUCCAUGGGAUCGCUAAAGGCACACGUAAGAAGCAAAGCCAUGCAGACACGGGUGUCUCCUGUCAGUGCAGACUUCGGAAAACAACCGCUCAUUUGCAAGACUCACUGCUGACUUCAACCCCAAUAAAGGGCCCAGGCUGGCGACCUAGCAAGAGACCACGGCUUGAGUUGGAGGAAGAGGAGGAGAGUGACUCCUCAAAUGAAUCACAUAAAGAUCCGCUGGACUCGACAUACAACCCUGGUGACUCUGUUCUUACAGAGGAAACUGACGUCUCGUAUGAGACACAGCCCACACCGAAUGAGGCUAAGUAUAUUGUCUUUGAAAGCUGCCUCAAACAGCUGUUAGAAAACUGCCCCGUGUGUAAGGGAGGCUGUGAUCUUCAACAGCGAAGGAUCGGUACCUAUGUGGCUUUCACUCAGAAAUGUCUACACUGCAGCUACUUCAGACAUUGGGAGAGUCAGCCCAUGGCUGGAAAUACCCCCAUCGGCAACCUGCAACUUUCAGCUGCUACCUACUUCACAGGGUCCUCCUUCAUCCAACUACAAAAGGUGUGUGAGGCCAUGCAACUCCAGAUAUUUCAGUAUGACACCUUCAGGAGGCAUGCAAGGAAUUACAUGGAACCGGCUAUUGUUCACAAGUGGAAGAUGGAUCAGCAGCAUCAUUUCCAGCAACAGUUGCGCCUUGGUGGGUCAGUUGCAGUGGGAGGAGAUAUGAGGGCAGAUUCUCCAGGGCACUCAGCUAAGUUUGGCAGCUACUCAUUAAUGAAUCUGGAGAGCAACACCAUUAUGGACAUUCAACUUGUUCAGAGCAAUGAAGUAGGCGGCAGUUACCACAUGGAGAAGGAGGGACUCAAAAGAUGCCUAGAUCAUCUGGAGGCAAACGGAUUUAAGGCGGAUUACAUUGUUAGACGCCAUCCACAGAUCCAGAAAUAUCUGAGGGAACGGAACAUCACGCAGUUCUAUGACGUCUGGCACUUUGAGAAAGGUUUGUCUAAGAAACUGGAGAAAGCAUCGCACAAAGAAGACAUUCUUAAGAAAUGGCUACAGAGCAUCAAGAACCAUGUGUACUGGUGCGCUACGUCAUCAACCACUGGACCGGAAAAAGUGGCAAAGUGGACAUCGCUGCUAAAUCACUUGCAAAAUGUUCAUGAUCAUGAAGACCCCCUUUUCCCCAAAUGUCUGCAUCCUGAACGAGCGUCGAGGGACCCCAACAAAUGGCUACAACCUGGUAUGUGCCAAAUUAACAUUACACAGAAAAUCCACAGUGCUAAAAUGAUGCCACUGAUAUUUCACCAUGUGUUAUUUUUUCACUCAAGGGUCAGUUGCACUUCACAAAGCUGAGAAACUACUGCUUAACAAACGAGUCCUGAAGGAUGUAGCAAAACUCAGCCAUCAUCGCUGGAGUCAUUCCACAGUCUGAUACUGCGUUUUGCUCCAAAGAAUGUGGUUUUUCCCUUCAUGGGAAUGUUGUGCAGGUAAUAAUUUACACCAUCUCGUAAUUGUGAAAGCCAUUGAUUGGAAUGAUUGUCAGGCACACUCGGUGUUGUUGAAUGGCUGUGCUUUUUUUUUUUUUACUAUAGGUUGUAUCUUGCAUCAAUGCACCACAACGAAAAUGCUUCACGGGUGCAAGCUACGACUUCUGCAGGGCAGGCUGUUUAUAAAGUUGUCUAUCCAAAGGCGAAGAUGGGGGAAGGUGUUGUGAAGCCCGUGAAAACAGA